CCCCGUGGCCGGCGCUGGCCCCGCCCCUUGGCCCGGGCUGCUGGGAGUCCCCGGCGGGGCGGGGGUCAGCUCUGGUCCCGGUGGUCCUGGGCGCGGCGCCAUGGCCUCCGAGGCGGUGAAGGUUGUCGUGCGCUGCCGCCCCAUGAACCAGCGGGAGCGGGAGCUGCGCUGCCAGCCCGUGGUGACUGUGGACUGCGCGCGCGGCCAGUGCUGCAUCCAGAACCCGGGCGCCGCCGACGAGCCGCCCAAGCAGUUCACCUUCGACGGCGCAUACCACGUGGACCACGUCACCGAGCAGAUCUACAACGAGAUCGCCUACCCGCUGGUGGAGGGCGUCACUGAGGGCUACAAUGGCACCAUCUUUGCCUACGGCCAGACAGGCAGCGGGAAGUCCUUCACCAUGCAGGGCCUGCCGGAUCCGCCCUCCCAGAGAGGCAUCAUCCCCAGGGCCUUCGAGCACGUGUUCGAGAGCGUCCAGUGUGCAGAGAACACUAAGUUCCUGGUCCGGGCCUCCUACCUGGAGAUCUACAAUGAAGAUGUCCGGGACCUCCUUGGGGCUGACACCAAGCAGAAGCUGGAGCUGAAGGAGCACCCAGAGAAGGGCGUGUACGUGAAGGGGCUGUCCAUGCACACGGUGCACAGCGUGGCCCAGUGUGAGCACAUCAUGGAGACCGGCUGGAAGAACCGCUCGGUCGGCUACACGCUGAUGAACAAGGAUUCCUCACGCUCGCACUCCAUCUUCACCAUCAGCAUCGAGAUGUCUGCCGUGGAUGAGCGGGGCAAGGACCACCUCCGGGCGGGCAAGCUGAACCUGGUGGACCUGGCGGGCAGCGAGCGGCAGUCCAAGACCGGGGCCACGGGCGAGCGGCUCAAGGAGGCCACCAAGAUCAACCUGUCGCUCUCGGCACUGGGCAAUGUCAUCUCGGCGCUGGUGGACGGGCGCUGUAAGCACAUCCCCUACCGUGACUCGAAGCUGACGCGGCUGCUGCAGGACUCACUGGGCGGCAACACCAAGACGCUCAUGGUGGCCUGCCUGUCGCCUGCGGACAACAACUACGAUGAGACACUCAGCACGCUGCGCUACGCCAACCGGGCCAAGAACAUCAGGAACAAGCCGCGCAUCAACGAGGACCCCAAGGAUGCGCUGCUUCGCGAGUACCAGGAGGAGAUCAAGAAGCUCAAGGCCAUCCUGACACAGCAGAUGAGCCCCGGCAGCCUGUCAGCCCUGCUGUCCAGGCAUGUGCCCCCAGACCCUGUGCAGGUGGAGGAGAAGCUGUUGCCCCCACCUGUGAUCCAGCAUGACAUGGAGGCCGAGAAGCAGCUGAUCCGGGAGGAGUAUGAAGAGCGCCUGGCCCGGCUGAAAGCCGACUAUAAGGCCGAGCAGGAGUCUCGGGCCAGGCUGGAGGAAGACAUCACUGCCAUGCGCAACUCAUAUGACGUCAGGCUGUCCACACUGGAGGAGAACCUGCGGAAGGAGACAGAGGCUGUCCUGCAGGCGGGAGUCCUUUACAAGGCUGAGGUCAUGUCCAGGUCUGAGUUUGCCAGCAGCUCUGAGUACCUGCCUGCUUUUCAGUAUGAGACGGUGGUGAAACCCGAGGUCUUCUCCACGACAGACACUCUGCCCAGUGACGAUGUCUCCAAGACUCAGGUUUCCUCCAGGUUUGCGGAGCUGCCCAAGGUGGAACCCUCCAAGUCUGAGAUUUCUCUGGGCUCCAGUGAGUCAUCCUCGCUCGAAGAAACCUCUGUGUCCGAGGCUUUCCCUGGGCCUGAGGAGCCCUCCAACGUGGAGGUCUCCAUGCCCACUGAGGAGUCCAGGAACAGAUACUUCCUGGAUGAGUGCCUCGGGCAGGAGGCCGCUGGGCACCUGCUGGGCAAACAGAACUACCUCCCGGAAGAGGAGCCGCAGGAGGUGCCCCUGCAGGGGUUACUAGGCCUGCAGGACCCGUUUGCCGAGGUGGAAGCCAAGCUGGCCAGACUCUCCUCCACCGUGGCCAGGACAGACGCACCCCAGGCAGACGUCCCCAAGGUCCCCGUGCAGGUCCCUGCGCCGACAGACCUGCUGGAGCCCAGGGAUGCCAGGCGCGAAGCCGAGGCGGCUGAUGACUUCCCGCCCAGGCCUGAGGUAGAUCUGGCCUCGGAAGUGGCCUUAGAGGUGAUGCGGACAGCAGAGCCUGGCAUGUGGUUGGAGGCUCAGGCCCCGGUGGCCCUGGUGACUCAGCCUCAGCCCCUGCCGGCCACAGCUGGUGUGAAGAGGGAGAGCGUGGGCAUGGAGGUGGCGGUGCUGACCAAUGACCCGCUGCCCAUGGUGGACCAGCAGCAGGUGCUGGCCCGUCUGCAGCUGUUGGAGCAGCAGGUUGUGGGUGGAGAGCAGGCCAAGAACAAGGACCUGAAGGAGAAGCACAAGCGGCGCAAGCGCUACGCAGACGAGCGCAGGAAGCAGCUGGUGGCUGCCCUGCAGAACUCGGAUGAGGACAGCGGGGACUGGGUGCUGCUUAACGUCUACGACUCCAUCCAGGAGGAAGUGCGGGCCAAGAGCAAGCUGCUGGAGAAGAUGCAGAGGAAGACACCGCCUGCAUUCCUGGGCUCCUGGAUCCCUGCAAAGACAGCCAGAGUGGGAAGCAGUACCUCUCACGCGUGGAAUCUCUCUGACUCCACUUCUGCCUCAUCUUUCAGAAGCAUCUCUUCUACCACAUCUCUCCUGCCUGCCUCUCUGCCUUCUCUGUUUCUUUUAUUUUUACUUUUCAUUUUAUUUUGAGAUAGCGUCUCACUCUGUCACCCAGGCUGGAGUGCAGUGGCACAAUCAUAGCUCACUGCAGCCUUGACCUCCUGGGCUCAAGAAAUCCUCCUGCCUCAGCCUCCUGAGUAGCUGGGACUACAGGUACGCACCACCACGCCUGGCUAAUUUUUUUAUUAUUAUUAUUAUUUGUAGCAGAGGGGUCUUGCUAUGUUACCCAGGCUGGUCUCAAACUCCUGCUGUGUUACGCUGGCUGUCCCAGGCUCAAACGAUUCUCUUGCCUCAGCCUCCCAGGUAGCUGGGACUGCAGGCGCAUGCCACUGCACCCAGCUAAUUGUUUUGUAGAGAAGGGGUUUUGCCAUGUUGCCCAGGCUGGUCUCGAACUCCUGAGUUCAAAUGAUCUGCCGGCCUCAGCCUCCCAAAGUGCCAGGAUUACAGGCAUCAGCCACUGCACCUGGCUGCGAAGUCCUUUUUUUUUUUUUUGCCAAGGAAGAUACCAUAUUCACAGGCACAAAAACAGGGGGCAAAAAUCUUGGGGGUGAAAGCUUAUUUUUUUGGUGGUGGUUGUCUUUUGUGGUUUUCUCUUGUUUCUGCAGGACUUUCAGUUUCCACCUCAAGGGCGCUUCCCACUUCUAAAUGCAGCACCUUCCGGAGACUAACUCCUCUGGUCCUGCACACGUACUGGUCUCUUCCAUCAGUUUCUCAUUUUCAGGUUUCAGAUCCGUUUUUAGGAUUGUCUUGCUCCUUGUGGAGGGACUGCACCCUGCCUUCCAUCACCUCAUUCGUCCUCGCCCCAUGCUGUCCUGGAUGCUCUCUGCUUACCUCCCCAUGGGGUGGCUCCGGGGCUGUCUGCUGGACUUGGGGGUUUAUCUCUGUACUUCCAUGUGAUUCAAAGCUUCCAGCGUUCUCUGUCUUCAGGUCAUGCUGUAGGCUGGUUAAGGGUGGCUUUAUUUUUCUCUCCUGGUUCUUCUGCAUGCUUUUUUGGAGGUCUUGUUGGAGAGAUUCAGGCUUAGAUGGAUGUUUUCAUCCUCAGGUACCUAGAAUGCUGUCUAUUUUAUUUUAUUUAAACCUUUUUUUGUAUAAGGAAAUAUGUACGUACGUGUGUAUACACACUGUUAUGGUUUGGCUGUGUCCCCACCCAAAUCUUAUCUUGAAUUAUAGCUCCCAUAAUUCUCAUGUGUUGUGGGAGGGACCCAGUGGGAGAUAAUUCAGUCAUGGGGUCGGUUUCCCCCAUACUGUUCUUGUGGUAGUGAAUAAGUUUCAUGAGAUCUGAUGGUUUUAUAAGGGGAAACCCCUUUCUCUUGGUUCUGAUUUUCCUUUUGCCUGCCACCAUGUAAGAUGUGCCUUUCACCUUCCACCAUGAUUGUGAGGCCGCCCCAGCCAUGUGGAACUGUGAGUCCAUUAAACUUCUUUUCCUUUAUAAAUUACCCAGUGUCGGGUAUGUCUUUAUGAGCAUUGUAAAAACAGACCAAUAUACACACACACAAGAACACACGUGCCAUCUCUUUCUUAGAUAAAAGUAGCUCUAGUGCACACUUUCUUCUACCUAGCUUUUCUCACACAACAACGUAUAGUAUCCUGAAGGUCACAGCAGUAUGGAGAGAUACUCCUCAUUCUUUUCUGUUUUUGAGACGGAGUCUCGCUCUGUUGCCCAGGCUGGAGUGCAGUGGCCUGAGCUCGGCUCACUGCAAUCUCCACCUCCUGGGUUCAAGAGAUUCUCCCACCUCAGCCUCCCGAGUAGCUGGGACUACAGGCGUGCACCACCCAUGCCCGGCUAAUUUUUGUAUUUUUUAGUAGAGACGAGGUUUCACUGUGGUGGCCAGGCUGGUCUUGAACUCCUGAUCUCAGGUGAUCCACCCACCUCGUCCUCUCAAAGUGCUGUGAUUACAGACCUGAGCCACUACGCCUGGCCUCCUCAUUCUUUGACAACUACAUAGCACUCUAUCGUGAGGCUGGAUCAUUGCUUAUUGAGUCAGUCCUCUCUUGAUAAACACUUGGGGUGUUUCCAAUAUCUUGUAAUAAUAAAGGCUGCUGUAGUAAACAGCCUGUGCAUAUGACUUCCGUAUUCUUGGUAGGUUUCUUUGGAAUCUAUUCCUCCAACUAGGGAUGCUGGGACAAAGGGUAAUGCAAGUGUGAUUUUGCUUGAUGUCACUAGAUAUGCCAACUUCUCCUCCAUAAGGAUUGUAGUGUUUCGUAUUUCCACUAGCAUGUAUCCAUGUGUUUCUCACCAACAGAGUAUAUUUACAAAAACCUGGAUUUUCCUUUUCUUUAUUGAGACGAGGUCUCACCCUGUUGCUCAUGCUAGAGUGCAGUGGCACGAUCACAGCCCACUGCAACUUCAACCUCCUGGCCUCAGGUGAUCCUCCUACCUCAGCCUCCCGAAUAGCUGGGACUACAGGCAUGCACCACCAUGCCUGGCUAAUUUUUGUAUUUUUUUGUAGAGACGGGGUUUUGCCAUGUUGCGCGGGCUGGUCCCAAACUCCUGGGCUCAAGUGAUCCUCCUGCCUUGGCUUCCCAAAGUGCUGGGAUUACAGGCAUGAGCCACUGCAUCCAGCCCCUAAAACUUGGAUUUUUACCACUUUGUUAGGUGAGAAAUAAUAUCUCAGUGUAGUUUUUUGUUGUUGUUGUUGAUUUUAUUUUAUUUUUCUGAGAUGGAGUUUCGUUCUUUUGCCCAGGCUGGAGUGCAAUGGUGCAAUCUCGACACACUGCAACCUUCGCCCCCCAGGUUCAAGUGAUUCUCCUGCCUCAGCCUCCCAAGUAGCUGGCAUUACAGGCAUGUGCCACCACGCCUGGCUAAUUUUUUGUAUUUAGUAGAGAUAAGGUUUCACCGUGUUGGCCAUGCUGGUCUUGAACUCCUGACCUCAAGUGAUCCGCCCCACCUUGGCCUCCCAAAGUGCUGGGAUUACAGGCGUGAGCCACUGUGCCCAGCAUUAGUGUAGUUUUAAUUUGCAUUUUUCUUAUUGUGAGCAGUGUUGAAUAGUUUUUCAUAUGUUUUGUGGCCAUUUGCAGUUUUUCUCCAAACUAUUUUUAUCUCUUUUGCUCAUUUCUCUAUUAGGGUGGUUGUUCUUUUUCUUUUCUACAUGUAGAAACUCUUUAUACAUUAGGAAUAUUAACUCUUGGUCUGUGAUAUAAAUUGUAAAUUUUUUUCCAGUUUGUCUUUUACUGUGCUUUAUGGUAUUUUUGCCAUAUGAAAAUUUUCAAUUUUUA